CUCGUUUUCCGGUAAAUAUGGCGCGGUCCUGUUGAGUACAGUGACGGAGUGUCACAGUGGAGCUCUUUUUUUCUCCGUUGCUCGACUAAUCGAAUAAAUACAGAAGAGAUAUAGGGGAUCAGUGUGGAGAUUUAGGGUUUGGGAGUUUUACAGAGAUCUUUUCGGAGCUUUUCAGAACGAGGUGUUUCUGGAGAGGUGUUUGUGAAAGAGCAGCAUGGCAGGAGUCUCGAUCCAUGAGAAGGUCAGCAGAAUCCUCAACAAACAAAAUGGGAGGCCGGUCAUCAAACCGAACCGGCCUCUAGUUCUGUUGGACACUGUAGCGAACCGGAAACCAAGAAAAGGAGGUACGAAAGAUCACGUUACAGUGUGACAGCGUGAGUGAUGAAUGAGUGAAAUAAUGCUAACUAAUGAAGUCAAAUAUAUUUUUUAAGCUGUCUCAGUAAGUUGUUUGAGUUUAAUGCAAACUGCAAGUCUACAGAGCACAAGCAGUAAGUAAUGACCUCUGCUGACUCCUAAAGCUGAUAUUAACCUGCUGCCUCUGAACGUCACAGGUAAAAUACUUGUUUCUGAUUGGUUGGUUCCCCAUAGCAACGGUCUGUUAUUUCUUUACACUACACCAUUGCUGUCAAAUAGAUUCGUGUGACAUCCUAAUACCACAUCAAAUGAAAUGACAGAAAGUCGUACUGAUUUCCUUUUCCUUGUUGACACUGUGGUUUAAAGUAAAAUUAACUAUAACAACCUGCUCACUUGACAUUAUUUUAUUCUUAAAUACUUUAAAUACGAUAAGUACUAAGAUUAAUGGAGUUUUCGCCACAGUAACAACAUUCUCUGAUCAUACUCGUAGUUAUGUGAAUAAAUUUCAUACAUUUUGGUGAUUUCUUUUGGGCUGUUGCCCCUAAUUAAGAGCAACCAAAUACAGAAGUAGAGGGGUUGACACAUAAAUAAAAUGGUCAUGGAUAGGUCAAAGCUUACUAAUAAUUUGAUUGACUGAUUAUCAUUUUGUAAAAUGCAUUUAAUGGCACAUGUCAAUAUACUGAAUAUACAGUAGGAAUAUGGUGAAAAUUGUAGCUUAUUGAUCAGCCUAGAUCUUCUAUUUUUCCUGGUCAAAAGUUGUUUAGUUGUCUGAGAUUAUAAAGAAACUAAUGAUGUCUAAAACUGCAAACAGUGAAAUGCUCCAUAAGUUCAGAACAAUAAUAAACAGCAGCUCUUGGUUCAGAUUUACCAUAUUUCCCUCCAGUGAAACCUCAAUACAGUAAUUCCUCACUGAUGUCAUUGCUGUAGCAGAAAAUCAGAUAUGUAGAAAUCUGUGUUUAUCUGUAUGAUAAAAAGUUUCUGGAUUAUAUUCUCGCUAGUCUGAGUGAAAAAAGAUGUCAUAAUCAGAAGUGUUAAGAUGCUUUCUGUCUGUCUGUUUUCCUUUCUUUAUUUUUUUGUUCAUUGUUUCCAUUUCUGUCAUGCUUGUGUUUUUUCUUGUUGUGAUUGCUUUGUCCUUGUUUUGUUUCUUUUAUUUUAUUUUUCUAAGUACAUCUUUUCUUGGCAUGUUUGUUUUUUCUUUUACACUGGUGUUUUUUCCUUGUUUAUCUUGCAAUUUUUUUGCUGUCAUUUUUCUGUUUCUUAUCAUUUUCCCCCUUUUUUCUGGUUUUGACCUUUUCUUCCACAUUAUAUGUAUGCUUCUUUCAGUUUGUUUUUUAGCUGUGAUUUACAUUUUUUCUUGUCCCUUUUUUUCUUGUGAAGGUUAUUUUUCUUGUCAUGUUUAUGUCAAGACAGGGAAAUGAAUUGAUGAUGAUGUCUUGUGGACAGCCAAUAGAAAGCCAGGCAGAGCUGCUCAGUUAUAAACAAGAGCCGCUCAUUUCCUGUGUUCAUCCUCUGUGGACACAAAAAAGCACAACUUCCUAUGGCCAGAAACACAUAAACAUUAUCUGUGUAAACGUGUUUAUGCUCAUGUUUACUGGGGAUAUGAAAUGAAAAGUCUGGAUCUAUUUUUUUUAAAAAAAAGGAUUUCUAAAGUUAGGCAAAAAUUUAUCCUUCAGUUGUCUGUAAUGUUCUGUUCUUGUUAGUUUUUUUUUAAAUUCUCUUUUCUCUUGAAAAAGAAAUCAAUCUGUUGCAGAGUGCAAAUGUGAUCUCUUAAUCCUGUUAUUAAUCAAUCUGUUGGUUAACACAAGUAUGGUCUGUUGGUUUGUGUCCUCAGAGGCGACCUGCGUCUCUGAGAUGACAUUCCUGAUGGCGUGCUGGAAGUUGAAUAAGUUUGCUGAUGGUUUCUGCUCUGAGGAGACAAAAACUUUCUACGCCUGUAUGGAGAAGGCAAAGGUACAUGGUUAGAGACUGGUUUGUGACGAAAUAAGAUGACCCAGAGUGUCUACGAGUGUGAGAGCAUACACUCCAAACUCAGACAAAUAUAAAGAACUCCAGACUCAAAUUAACACGUGUAGCUGAUGAAUUCAAGAAGAAAUGUUCAGUAUCAAUGUACAAACUAAGUCUUAAAAUGACAAUUUUCUAUGAUUAAUUUGCCCAUCUCUGUGUUUUCCCUUGGUGUAGCUAGUUCUAGAGGUUUUAGGUACUAUCUCAGAUGCAGAAUUUGCAAUCUCAAAUAGAGUGGCAUGGAAGUCAGGCAUAAAUGUGUUUAGUUUUAUAUUGUGGUACAUCAAGUACAGAGCUUCAGUCUCUGUUUUAGGAUAUUAUCAGUGAAGUACAAUGAAAAUCUUUUAUAAAUGCACACUGUUUCAUAUGAAAAUCAGAAAGAGAAGACAAAACGUUGGUUGGUUCUUCCUUCCUCCCCCUUGCUCAUGAGCAACUCAAUGAGUCUUACUAUUAAGAGAUCUGAUUUGUCAGCAGGUGGUGUUGAUUCAAGCUCUGAAGCAGAUCUGGUAUCCCGAAUAAAUUACAAUGGUGAUCUACCGUGGUACGAAAUGAACCUCCUAUUGUUGAGACCCCUAAAGUUACUUUGUUGACCAUAAGUCCUGCUUCAGGGGCUUUAAUUCUGAUCCUGAAGAUCAAAACUGUUCUGUUUUCCCGAUAUAGAAAUGAAAAACAUCAGAGACUAUUCUUGUAAACAUCUCUGGUAACCAUGGUAACUUCUCUUCUGCCUCCACAGUUGGAGAUGAAGAAUAAAUCUCAACCGCUGCACGGAGGACGACUACAUCCGAAACAAGCCAACACUCUGCUCAGGAGGUAUCCAAACCUGACCACAGAGAUCUGAGGUUCACAUGAAAAGACUGUUCGAUAGUGAAGAUCCACAGACAUGAGCGGGUUCAACAGAGUGAUGGUGGAGAUGAAGAUGAAGCAGGAAGUUUUAUGUCUAACAGGAUACAUAGACUUCAUCUGUUAAACAUCGGCAAACCACACCUCUUCAGUGUCUUCAUGUUUCUGGUGUGAGACUGCAGCCUCUGUUUUCUCUUCUCACUGUGUAACUGUUUGAAGACGUGGGGGACUCUCAGUGUGUUACACUGUUUGAAUAUAAAGUCACUCUGUCUCUGUCUGAUGGACUAUAUAUAACCUGGCUGUGUCUCUCUAAUGUAAAUGACUCUGUAUUUUUGAUCUAAUUAAACUGAGUGCUCUCAACAGUGAGAUGAUGCUAUUAAAGGAUUUAACUAAAUUAUU